GACUGGGCCAAGGGCUGGGGUCGCAAGGGAACGGCGCUACACGGCGAAGGUGACUUGGGUACGUGUGGAUCCCAUCUAUGAGAGAAUGUUGCUGACUCCCGAUAGUGGCAGCCACAGAGGCCUUUGAGGAGGCACUCAAGCUCGACCCAAGCAAUGCUCAAGCAAAGUCCGGUCUCGAUGCUGUCAAGCGCGCAGUCGAGGCAGAGGCGAACGACAGCGGUGCAGGCCUCGGUGGCAUGUUCAGCGACCCUAACAUGAUCCAAAAGCUCGCCGCGAAUCCCAAGACGGCCGCUCUCCUCGGCGAUGCAGAGUUCAUGAGCAAGCUCCAGCAGCUACAGAAGAACCCCAACAUGGCUGGCGCCUUCAUGCAGGAUCCCCGCUUCCUCCAAGUUAUGAGCGUCCUGCUAGGCAUUGACAUGUCGUUCGGUCAGGGACCCGGUGCUGGAGGCGCAGGCGAUGCAGGCGCUAAAGAAGCCGAAGAGGACGUCGAGAUGCCCGAUGCACGACCAGCUCCCAGCCAACCCAAGAAGGAGCCAGAGCCAGAGCCAGAGCCAGAGCCGGUAGAAGAGUCUGAGGAGGACAGGGCUGCGAAGAAGGCAAAGGCCGAGGCCGACGAGCUGAAGAAGAAGGGAACCGAGUUCUAUAAGAAACGACAAUUCGACGAGGCUAUUGAGAACUACAACAAGGCCUGGGAAACACACAAGGACAUCACAUACAAGACCAACCUUGGAGCUGCCAAGUUCGAGAAGGGCGACUACGAAGGCUGCAUUCAGGCUUGUAAUGAGGCUGUCGAGUAUGGUCGCGAGAUCCUGGCCGACUUCAAGAUCAUUGCCAAGUAUGUCACAUUCUGUCUUGCAAUAAUUAUGCGCUAACACUAUGCAGGGCCUUUGCACGCAUCGGUACCGCCU